AUUAUAUAUGGGCCGUCCAAGACUGCAGAAAUGGAAACUUGCGCGAUGUGCUCGUACACAACAUUCUCCGCGUGAAUUUUUGUCGUUUAACGAGUCGCGAUGUGAUCGCCGGGGCGCUUUUCCUUUUUUCUCAUUUUGCCUUCGGUGAGCCUAUAUGACGAUUUCCGAAACAUUCCUUCGGCUUUGACUCGGCCGAAAGGGGAGCAAGCCUAUAUACUUAUAUUCCAGAGGAGGAUGAACUUUUGCAUUUCGGAGCAGCUCCGUUUAAAGGAUUAGUGUGUAUACUGCAUACAUGCAGGUCUCGACAGGUCCGAGUCCAAUUAAACAGUCGAGUCAGUGACUUGUCGUAAAAUGCUCAUCGACUCUUUUGAGGCGAUCGAGUAUUUUAAACGUAACAAUCAUGUUGUAUAUGAUGAUGAGGAUCAACUUUAAGACAAUUGUACUGCUGCUGCUUGUUGGAGUCUUGAGUUCCAUAUUUACAUCAUGGAAUAAUUGCAGUAGCUCUUUUUUCCUCAAAAAUAGUGAUUGGAAGUCCCAUUUUCAGCAUAAAGAUCGAUCAACUAAUGAACUGGGAUACCAAGAAAUUGAUUGCUUAAUUAAUGGUAGAAAGACUCUUAGUUGUCGCAAGGAAGGAGAUGAAGUUUAUAUUCCAUUUUCUUUCAUCCACAAGUAUUUUGAGAUUUAUGGUAAAAUAGUAAAUAAUGAUGGACUGGAACGUUUCGACUGGUAUCAUAGCUAUUCCAAGAUUAUUGAUAGAAAAGUUAAGUAUGAUUCUAGAGGAGUAUUUAUGACAUUUGAAAAUUACAAUGUCGAAGUAAGAGAUAGAGUAAAAUGUAUAAGUGGCAUAGAAGGUGUCCCGAUAUCGACACAAUGGGAAAGUCAAGGCUACUAUUAUCCUACACAAAUUGCACAAUUUGGUUUAUCACAUUACAGUAAGAACUUAACUGAGCCAGAAUCUGUUAAAAAAGUUAUAGAAGAUGCAGACAAAGUGAAACAAGAAUGGGUUGUACCACAGGGUUCAGUUAUGAGCAGAAUUUAUGAUAAACGAGUUAAUAGCUAUGUAAUGAAAUACGCAACCCCAGCAACAAGUACUUCUGGCAUAUCUAUUAAACUAGAUCAUAUCCUCAAACUUAUGUUAAAGCUUGAUCUUUGCAUUCGUGACAAUGGUAGCAUUACUGUUGAAUUACAAAUGAGAGAGAAAAAAGACACAUAUUACCUGCAUUAUGAGACGAAUAAUCGGGUACUACAUACAUACAAUAAUCACGUUUAUUAUGGAAUAGGACAAGUGUACAAUCACUGGAGACGCCUAACUAGAGAUUUAAUGAUUGAUUUACAAAAAGGUCUUACCCUUAUCGAUAAAACAAAAAAGAAAUUGUCCAGAUCAAAAUUAAAAGUUGUCAGAAUUAUUCUAAAUGGUUCAGGAAUGAUUGAUAAUGUUACCCUUUCAACAAGUGAACAUAUGGAGCAAUUUUACGACGCAGCUCGAUGGUUUGUGGCUAAUCAAAACAUUACUUCAGGGGGAUGGCCUAAUCCUGUCAAACGUAAGGUUGCCAAUGGAAUGGCGAUCCUUGAACCUGGAUGGUAUUCAAGCAUGGGACAAGGACACGCGAUUUCUGUACUCUCUCGUGCCUAUUAUCAUUCGGGAGAUGAAAAGUAUUUGCAAGCAGCCGUUAGAGGAUUGCGGCCGUUCCGAUUAUUGUCAAGCAAGGGUGGAGUUGCAGCGUGCUUUUUAGACAAAUAUGUAUGGUAUGAAGAAUACCCAACAACGCCUUCAUCAUUUAUUCUUAACGGUUUUAUAUACUCACUUAUCGGUCUUUACGAUCUGAAGAGUAUUGCUUCGGGUAGCGAUGCAGAAGAAGCUCAAAAAUUAUUUGAUCAAGGUAUGAACUCUUUGAAAAACAUGCUAACGCUAUUUGAUACGGGAUCAGGAACGACUUAUGAUCUACGGCACUUUACACUGAAAACAGCCCCUAAUAUAGCCCGUUGGGAUUAUCAUUCGACUCACGUCAAUCAACUUCUUCUACUAAUAACGAUUGAUAAUGACCCUAUUUUUGUAACGACUUCUGAGAGAUGGAUCGAUUACAUGAGUGGUAAAAGAGCGGCGCACAACUAAAUCCUUUCUAAUACUAGAUAAUUAUUUUUAUAGAACCAUUAAAUUAGAUUUAAAUGAAAAACUUUUUUUCGAAGUAAAAGCCAGACUAAAGCUAUAUUAUGUACAUAUCAAAUCAUUGUAAUAACUAUAAUAAUUAAUGUUAUUUUUUAAUUUAAUUUUUUUUAAUGCUUAACAGUAUCCCAAAACAAGUUUUCAGAUGCAAAAUCACUUGAGUGCACUGAAAUCGCAUUUAAUUAAGUAACAAACUCAGAGAUAUAUUGAUGAUUUAAAAGAAACGUACUUAAGUAGUAUUGAUUUUAACUUUGUACAUAGAGGCAUUUCAUUUUACAACUUUAGAUAAUUUAAAACAUUCUAGUAGAUUUUUGUAACUCUCUUAUACCUAGACAAUACAACCUCUUCUUUGAACUAUGCAAUCAGCAACUUCUGAAGAUGAAUAAAAUAACAUUUUUUACUUAUCUUUUCAAUUUUUGAACUGUGAAUAUACUUGUACAUUGAUCAUGUAUGUACAUUCGGGCACCUUAAUAUUAUACAUAUCUAAUAAUAUUACAUAUCCAAUCUAAUCAAUUAUUAAAAACAUGUUUCAAAAAAGAACAUAAAGCAUGUUUCACAAAAUCCUACUAAAGACUGUUUGGACACUAAAGUAGAAAUUUAAAUUGGUAAAUUAAAAUAAUAUAUCGUAUACCAUUAAGUUUUGACUGCCUUAAUUUUUUUUAUGAAUGCUUGGAAACCAAUGUAAUAAUUGUUAAGCUUCUUUCAAUAGAAUGUUAAAAAUAAUAUACAUCAAUUUUAUACUGUAUCUUGCUUUUGCUAGUCUCUAAUAAAAUGCUUCUAAUAUGCAGUGUUAUAUAAACAGUUAGUGCAACAGGGUAGAUGUAAAUAUGAAUAAUGUUAGAGGAAAAUAUAUAUAGCUGCACUUUGUUCUCAGAUUAUGUUACUAAUUUGUUGAUGCAUUUGAGUACAUUUGAUAAAUAUGUCAGUACUUAAUUGCUCUGAACACAAUCUUUGUACUAGUUUUUUGUUAACAUAUUUUAAUCUAUUUAGUUUUUUACUUAUAAUUAGAAAGAAAACAUUCCACAAUGUAUUAUGUAUUAAUAUUUUUUAUAUCUAUAUAUAGAUAUCGUUAAUUAUCUUUGUACAAUUUUAGUUUUAAGUUUUUGUGAUACGAAAUUUUUUUUUAAUUUUCGAAUCGUUUUGUUGAAAUAUGUUUCAUAAAAUUCUACGUAUAAUUUUGACAAUUGUAUGGAUUUCGUUCUAAUGGAUAUUUUGUAAAUAGCUUGGUAAAGUAAAUAACGAAUGCCCAAAGUACAGAGUCCUGUAGAAGAUGAGAUGUUGUAUUUUUCAGAAAAGAAAAUUGAAAAUCGAAAAAGAACGUGUAGAAAAUGUCAUUGCAAUGUAUUUUGACAUCCUAGUUUUAUUAUUACAUAAUGAAAAUAAACCAACAAAUUUCCUGUAA